AUGUCCCACCCCACUUUCCCUCACGGUGCCCUCCAGAUACUCCACCACCCCACUCCUGCCACUCCAGCCGUGGCUGCCACCAGUCCCGGACCUACCAGGCUGCUUCAACUGCAACCCACUGUCAACCACGAAAAGGAGGAGGUCUCUGCGGCGGAAGGUUUCAAGCCGGCCACCCAACUGCGGUGGUCGCUGCACGCGGCCGGCGACAUCAUGGGUGUCCGCGACCUCACACCCCAAACUCCCCUACGGUCAGGUGCAGUCCGCCUCGAUCUUGCCGGCACGGCAUACGGCUCUAUGGAGCUUGAAAUGGAUCACUGGAUCACUGUGCCCUUGUCCCUUUUGGGUUUCUGCCAUGACGACGACAUGGGUAUGACCGGCCCCGCCAUUGUGCCGCUGCACCCCGAAGCCAUAAGGCAGCAGCGCCGUGCGGGUUAUCUGCACCACCGACCGUAUCCUUACCUUGGCACAUGCGACAUGGCACCCCGCCAAGCGCUCCUGGGGGAGGACGUGGACUAUGUAGAGAUGUUGUCGUCCCGCCACAAGAUUCAAGGUUGA